UUCGUUCAGUCAGUCAGUCAUACAGACUAAAAUAGUAACGAAGGAGUUGGUAGGGGGCGGAUUUGCAGUAAUCGUAAAAAAACAGAAUAGUCAGUUAAUCACUGUAAACAAUCACAAAGUCGUGAUGGCGGUUAAUUGUUCUCAAAUUUUAAAACUAUACAAGUCUUUACUUUCUGAGGCGUCGAGAUUUCCUUUAUAUAACUUUAGAAUGUAUGCUCUGAGGAGAAUCCGUGAUAAAUUUCAUGAGAAUAAGUUUUUAAAGGAUCCAGCAGCAAUAGAGGAACAGUACAAAGAAGGUCUGAAGUCUCUUGAGCUCAUCAAAAGACAGAUUAUUAUCAGUCAACUCUACAAUCCGGAGAAAUUGAUAAUUGAAAAACUGAAGGAGAAGAAAUGAAAGUUGAAGCUCCAAAUACUCUGCACCAUCGUAGAACCAUCUAAAACAUCAUUCACAUAGCACGUCCUUGAGAAAUAGCAACAUCAUUAUCAUCCAUCGGUAUGAUUCAUUGAUAGAGGAAGACUGAGGAUAUAGUGUUUAGUUGAUUCAGAAUUUAGUAUAUAAAUUUAAAUUAUUCUUUGUUAAAAUUGAGUUAUUAGGAUUUUUUAGGUUUUAUAUUUUCACAGGGUAUUAUUGAUAUCAAUACUUAUUUUGUGAGGCCUCGUUUGUCUUGUCUCCAAAUUGUUUAUGAUAUAUAGAAAGUUUAUUAUGUAUAUAUUUGUUUAUUGUAUAUAGUAUUUUGUAAAUAAAUGAAUCCAAUUGUG